AUGAAACCAUCAAAAAAAUAUUAUUAUACAAGGUCAAGCAAAAUUUCAACUACUUCACAAAUUUCACCACCAAAACCUAUUAAACAACCUAUACCACCAAUAACUGCGCCAGUUCACCUAAUAACUGCAGCAACACGUUUUCAAGUUCAUCAAGUAACUACAGCAAUAUGUUCUCAAGUUCGUCUAACUGUAUUAAAACAUCCUACAGCACUUCAAACAACUACUUCAGUUCACUUAACCUCAACAACCACUUCAGUUCGCUUAACAGCUUAG